UGUGGAGGAAAUGGACAGAGAAAGGGAAUGAAGCAUGCUUGGGGCCAUCCCGCAGGAGGGCACCAAGAGAGGACAGGAUCAGAUAGAAAAGAAAAAAAGAAGAGUUCCUAGGAAGCAGGAAACUCCCAAAGACCUAAUUAGAGCAGAACAUUCUUUCAUAUUAUCUGAUACUUUACCAAGAGGCCAAAGCAAACAGUUCAGCCCAGGGGAGAAGAGAAACAAGAAGGGAGGGAGGAUGAGGGCUGGUUUUCCAAUGCCUUCAUAAGAUCAGGCAGCUUUGGCAGCCAAAGACAAAGGGACCAAGAAGUGACCGGAGCCUUGUGGCUAAAGAGCUCAUUCAAGCCAUGGGCAGGAUUGUCUGGCUCUUGGCAUGCCUGUGCCUCCUGACCUCCACUGCUCAGGAGCUUGGCCAGUGUCCAGAUGUCAAGAUUGUGGGUCUUGGGGAGUCUGACAAGCUUGCUAUACUCCAAGGCUGUCCAGGACUUCCUGGACCCCCUGGUCCCAAAGGAGAAGCUGGCUCUGAUGGAAAGAGAGGGGAGAGAGGCCCCCCUGGGACUCCUGGGAAGGCAGGACCAAUGGGUCCCAAAGGAGCUGAUGCAGAAACUGACAUAUGCAAGCCAGGAAGUAGAGAUUGCCGAGAGCUGUUCAGCAAAGGGAACACCCUGAGUGGAUGGUACACCAUAUUCCUCUCUGCCUGUAAACCUCUCACUGUGUUCUGUGACAUGGACACCGAUGGUGGGGGAUGGAUUGUUUUCCAGAGACGGGUAGAUGGAUCUGUGGAUUUCUUUCGGGAUUGGGCUGCAUACAAGAGAGGCUUUGGCAGUCAGCUGGGGGACUUCUGGAUGGGCAAUGAUAACCUUCAUUUGUUGACAGCUCAAGAAACCUUUGAGUUCCGGGUAGAUCUCAGUGACUUUGACGGAGGCCACUCCUUUGCCAAGUACAGGUCAUUCCGGGUUUCAGGAGAGGCUGAAAACUACAGGCUGAUCCUAGGAGACUUUGUGGAAGGUGAUGCAGGUGACUCACUGACAUACCAUAACAACCAAUCCUUCACAACGAAAGAUCGAGACAAUGACCCAAAUGCAGGAAACUGUGCUAAUGAGUAUAGCGCAGCCUGGUGGUACAAAGAGUGCCAUCUGUCUAACCUGAAUGGCUUAUACCUCAGAGGUCCCCAUGAGAGUUUUGCCAAUGGAAUAAACUGGAACACGGGCAGAGGAUACAAAUAUUCCUACAAAGUGUCGGAGAUGAAGCUCAGGCCUGUUUAGCUGAGGGGGAGGACCAAGGCAUUUUCCACUGGCAUGUUGGACAACCAGAGGCAGCAGGCUGUAUCAGACUAGGAGGACACAACCAGAGUUCUAAUCUCUGAUCCAGAGAGAGGCUCACAGGAUGGUUUGAAGUUUCAUCAUAGGAGGUUUCAUCUUCCACAGCUUAUAGCUCAUAGCUAUG